UGUGUGGGCGGGAGAGCACACAUAAAGGCUGCUAUUCUUAUGAAAAGGAUCCACAGUCUAUAUAGCCUUUGUAGCUUGUGAAUUGGAUAGAAAGGGAUUUUAUUGUGACUUAAUCGUGUAUGGCAUUUUAAUCCUCUAUAAUAACAUAUUCCGUAUUAUUUACCAACAUCAUAUAACCGUAUUGUCUGUUUAAAGGGACAUUGGUAAUAGUGUAUUUAUUAUGUGUUUCUAUAUUAUUCCUAUAGGCUCCAUGUCCUAUGGAGUCUAGUGUGUCUUUUGCAAUCAUUGUCGAGCCGUGUCGAGACGAUGCUCUGAGGAGAAAACUGCACAGGCUCCCCGGUUGUGUUCAUCCUGAGGCUGCAGUGAACGGAGGGGAGGGGGGGUUGCGGUACAAUAACCAGCAUCCAUAAAGGUCUUCUCUCUGUGAACGGGGACCGACUUUACAAAGGUGAUUCUUGCCCCUGUGCGGGGGGAUCGGCGGAGAAAUAGAUCUAAAAAAAUUAUGGCCACCCUACUGCGGAAGAUCGGUCUUAUCCGCCUGCACGACCGAGACACCGAGGACCCAAAGCACCAUCAGGGCUCGCUAAAGGGGACCAAGGGGAUCCAGAAAAAUAACGCCAACAAACACUGUCAGACCGCCAACGAAACCAACAUCCUGAGCACCCCGGAGAUUAAGGCCAGGAAGCUGGACCAGCUCGGCAAGGACAAGCCGUCCGGCAAAGAUAAGCAGGGCAAAGAUGUUGCAAAGGAGAAGCAGCAGACGGGGGGAGGCGGGAGUAAAGCGACCAGUGCCUCCUCGAUACCACCGCUGGCGCCUCACCGGCAACACUGCACCCAGGUCCGGACGCGGAGGCUGAUGAAGGAGCUACAGGAGAUCCGGAGGUUAGGGGACAACUUCAUCACGGUGGAGCUGGUAGAGGACAACCUGUAUGACUGGAACGUCAAGCUGCACCAGGUGGACAAGGACUCGGCGCUGUGGCAGGACAUGAAGGAGACCAGCACCGAGUUCAUACUGCUAAACGUCACCUUUCCCGACAAUUUCCCCUUCUCGCCCCCGUUUAUGCGGGUCCUGACGCCCCGGUUGGAGAACGGCUACGUGCUGGACGGAGGGGCCAUAUGCAUGGAGCUGUUGACCCCCCGCGGAUGGUCCAGCGCCUACACGGUGGAGGCAGUCAUGAGGCAGUUUGCGGCCAGCCUCGUAAAAGGACAGGGGCGUAUAUGUAGGAAAGCAGGGAAGUCUAAGAAAGCUUUCAGCCGUAAGGAAGCCGAGGCCACCUUCAAGUCCCUGGUGAAGACCCACGAGAAGUACGGCUGGGUGUCCCCGCCCGUGUCCGACGGCUGAGUGCUCCGCCGCCGACCCUCUGACCCCCACGCUAGCCCAGCUAGCACUGACACGCUAAACGGCACACCACGCUAACUCAACAAUCGCCCAUCUUCACCUUUUUGCUGUUUUACUCAGAGUUUUGUUUCUGUGUUAUUAUUUUUUUGGGGGAUUUGUUUUAUCUCCACCAAAACUCUCGGAGAGCAGACGCACCGCCAUCAUCGUCACUCCUCCACCAAGAAGAGACUUUCGUUCCCCUCCCUCUCUCCCACGGAGAUUCUUUCUCCCAUUUUGGAAAGACCAGAGAGGAAGGUGUGUAUGUAUGUGUGUGUGUGUGUGUGUGUGUGUGUGUGUGUGUGUGUGUGUGUUUGUUUGUCACUCACUUGGAUAUCAGCUGGUGAGUGUGUGCACGUGCAUUGGCGUGUGCGUUACUAUCGUGGACUUCUUUUUCGGAUUUUUUUUGUCGCAACGCGCACCCAUGAACGUACAGGAGAAAUCGGACAGUGUGGACUUUUCCACCCAUGUGAAAGACUACUGAAUGAAGACUUAUCCCACUCUCCUGUCCUCGCCAUCCCAUCCUCUCCCUCUCUUCCCAUCCCUCUCUCCCGUCUGAACUGGCAUCCCUUCCCGCCAUCUCUCUCUGUAGCUGUCGGGUCAUUUGCAUAUAAAUGAAGCUGUUAAUGUUUAAUAGACGGGCAGCGUGCUGGCAUUUAUACUCACUCGUUUACUCCUUCAUUUCCCCUUUCUUUCGACUGUGCCGUUGCUCACAGUUCAAUGCAACACGAUUGUAAUUUCCAUGGAGCUGUGCUCUUUCUCUAUCUCUUUCUUUAGCUUGCUCAUUCACUUUGUUUCUCAUUCUUUCUCUCCGUCUCCUGUGGCUACAUUUAGAGCUCACUGUUGCUUAGAUGGAUAUUGAUUUCUAAUUGAGAAAUUACAAAGUCACACGUUGCUUUAUGCAGAGACUAUGUAUGAUAAAUAGAAUGAAAGUCAAUCAUCUCUCUUUCUCUCUACUCUCGUGUGUGUGUGUGUGUGUGUGUGUGUGUGUGUGUGUGUGUGUGUGUGUGUGGUGUGAUGUGUGGUGUGUGUGUGUGUGUGUGUGUGUGUAGAGAGGAAGGAGACUGUAAUUCCCAUGAUUUAGAUACCAGAUGGUACAACUGAAGGCUAGGCCUAAGUGUGUGUGUGUUUGUUGUGUGUUGUGUGUGUGUGUGUGUGUGUGUGUGUGUGUGUGUGUGUGUGUGUGUGUGUGUGUGUGGUGUGUGUGUGUGUGUGUGUGUGUGUGUGUGUGUGUGUGUGUGUGAGCAAGAGAGACAACCCUUUAAACAG